AUGGCUUCCUUAACAAAUUCUUUGACCACGCCCUUGUACAUUCUCGAGUCCGGUUACCUCAUGACAGUCCCACUGGCUCAAGACGGAGGCAUGACUACUUGGGUUCUCGUUGACAAAAAUCGACUGCCAAAUCAGCGGGAUAUCCUGUGCUCGUGUGAAACCUUCCGCAAGCGAUGUCUCGUGAGCGAUAAUAGCAUGGGAAACACGACGGAGGGUAUCGUCCAUGGGAUUGUCAGCGUCUUCUGUCCAGGAAAUUUUCGCGGCCGCGGCUACGCAGCUCGUCAUAUGAAAGAGCUAGCGACGGUCCUGCGCGAUUGGCAACCAGAGGACGGAAUGGUCGUUGGAAGCGUCUUAUACUCGGAUGUAGGAAAGGAGUAUUAUACCAGAUUAGGUUGGACACCGAACCCCGUCAGCGGGCAUCUGGUGUUGCCGCCUGCGAGGAUGGAGAUACCGGCAGGUUCGCGCCCGAUCUUCGAGUCGGAAUUAGAGAGUCUAUGUCUCAGAGACCAGGCCGUGAUGCGGAAUGACAUGGCCACACCCAGUGCGUCACGAAAACGAGUGGUCAUUUUACCAGACUUAGAUCACAUGUUAUGGCACGUUCACAAAGAAGACUUUGCCACCAAACAAAUCUUUGGUAAGAAGGCAGUGAUAAACGGAGCAAUCGCUGGAGCGGCUGGGAAACAGGUCUGGGCUACCUGGGUUCUUCGCUACUACAGACACCCAAAUCAUCAUAGCACUGAGGAUGCAGAUGAUAAGAGUGUCCUUUACAUUCUCCGCCUUGUAGUAGAAGGCGACGAGACUGCGAACAAACCACGCGAAGGAAACAUCACGAUGCCGAUGGAAGAUUAUGCAGAGCAAGCUGCUGCGUUGAAGGCUGUGUUGCAGGCUGCCCAAGCGGAGGCGGCAGAUUGGAGGCUAGAUCAGGUGCAACUAUGGGAUCCGUCUCCCAUGGUAAAGUGCCUUUUGGACCGAAGUGGUCUGGAUGCUGUUUACAUUGAGAGACAGAGUCAUAGCAUUGCUAGUCUAUUGUCGUUCGAGGAUGGCGAGGGUCUGGGGUCAGAGGACGCUCCGAUUUUGAUCAACAAUGAGCAUUAUGCGUGGUGUUAG